AUGUACAAGCUGGUGAUCCUUCUCUGCGCCGUGGCCGCCGCCCACGCCGGCUACCUGGGAGGCUACGCCGCCCCCGCUGUCGCCGUGGCGCCUGCCGUGGCCACCCCCGCCGUGGCUGUGGCCCACGCCCCAGUGGCCGUGGCGCCCGCCGCCUCCUCCAUCGCCAACACGUACAGGAUCUCGCAGACGGCUCGCGUCCUGGCCGCCCCCGCAGUCGCUGCAGCCCCCGUGGCUUACGCUGCCCCCGUGGCCUACGCCGCCCCCGCCGUCCACGCCCCUCUGGCCUACGCCGCCCCUGCUGUCGCUGCUCCUCUGCUCAAGGUCCACUAAGAUCGACGCCUCUAGGUGACGUGCCAAACCCAGUGGCUCAUCUUUAUUUAUUAAAGAUUUCGUAAACCAGC